CCGCCUCAGGGGCUGCGGCUCGCGGCUCGCGGCUCCGGGCUCGGUAACGCCAGCUGUUAGCCAGUUCAAUAAUUUCUCCCUGAAGGGGAGCAUGAAGACUAUCUUCUUUCUCAAGCAAACCUCCUACGAUCUCCGGCGUGUCAAGGUAUGAUUCUCUGACCUUUGAAUUGAACUCGACUAUCUCCCUUUUUUGUUCUCGCUAGAUGCGUGCGGCAUCGGCCAUCCAUACAAGAUUGUCGAACGUCUUACACUGGUUUUCCGGCCCAAUCUUGUUCAGGAUAUUGUCUUGAGUGCCAACAAAGUUAUUAAAUGGCUCACAACUACGAGGUGGGCACGAGGGCCUGGCAGCCCGAUCCGACCGAGGGCUGGAUUGCUUCUGAGGUGAAGGAGAAGCAUGUAGAUGGAGACAAAGUGCAACUCGUCUUUUCCAUAGAAAAUGGAGAGACAAAAACCUUCGAAACCAGUCAAGCUGAAUUGCAAAUUGACAACAACCCGAACUUGCCUCCGUUGAUGAACCCUGCCAUGCUGGAGGCCAGUGAGGAUCUCACAAAUUUAUCGCACCUGAAUGAGCCUGCUGUCCUCCAGGCUAUAAAAUUACGUUAUGCACAGAAAGAGAUUUAUACCUACAGUGGUAUCGUCCUUAUUGCUACGAAUCCCUUCGCCCGGGUUGACUCCCUCUAUGUUCCGCAAAUGGUGCAAGUAUACGCUGGCAAACACCGAGCAUCUCAAGCACCUCACCUGUUUGCCAUCGCCGAGGAAGCAUUUGCCGAUAUGCUACGAGAUGGUAAGAACCAGACCAUUGUCGUUUCUGGCGAGUCAGGGGCCGGAAAAACCGUCAGCGCAAAGUACAUUAUGCGAUAUUUUGCAACCCGCGAGUCCUCCGAUCAGCCUGGCAAGUACACCACAAGCCGGGCAGAUGCAAUCAGUGAGACCGAAGAGCAGAUCCUAGCCACCAAUCCUGUCAUGGAGGCUUUUGGAAACGCCAAAACAACACGCAACGAUAAUUCUUCGCGCUUCGGAAAGUACAUCGAAAUCAUGUUCGAUGACAAAACUAAUAUCAUAGGCGCAAAAAUCAGGACUUAUCUUCUGGAAAGAUCUCGCCUGGUGUUUCAACCCCUCAAAGAGCGGAAUUACCACAUUUUCUACCAGUUGGUAGCCGGCGCAACGGAUGCAGAGAAGCAGGACCUUGGUUUGACUUCGAUUGAAGAUUUCGAUUACCUCAGUCAGGGCGGGACGCCGACGAUUGAUGGUGUUGACGAUCGCACAGAAUUCACUGCGACCAAAAAAUCCUUAAGUACCAUUGGCGUGCCCGAAAAGACUCAAGUGGAGAUUUUUAGGGUCCUCGCAGCUUUGCUUCAUCUCGGAAACGUCAAAAUUACCUCCACAAGGACUGACUCCAAUUUGUCAUCUUCGGAGCCUUCUCUUAUGCGAGCCUGCGAUAUGCUGGGAAUUGAUGCCAUCGAGUUUGCAAAAUGGAUAGUGAAAAAGCAGCUGAUUACGAGGGGCGAAAAGAUCACGUCUAACCUCACACAGCAGCAAGCAAUCGUCGUGAGAGACUCUGUUGCCAAAUUCAUUUAUUCGAGUUUGUUUGACUGGCUUGUUGAUAAAAUCAACCGUGGUUUGGCUACUGAUAAUAUCUUGAGCAACUUCAAGUCCUUCAUUGGCGUCCUAGAUAUUUACGGCUUUGAACACUUCGCAAAGAACUCCUUCGAGCAGUUCUGCAUCAACUACGCCAACGAGAAAUUACAGCAGGAGUUCAAUCAGCACGUCUUCAAACUUGAGCAAGAAGAAUACAUACGGGAACAGAUAGAUUGGACAUUCAUUGACUUCUCAGACAACCAGCCUUGUAUUGAUUUGAUUGAAGCGAAACUGGGUAUUUUGUCUCUUCUGGACGAAGAGUCUCGGCUACCCAUGGGCUCAGAUGAACAAUUCGUGACGAAACUUCAUCAUAAUUUCGCAGCGGACAAACAGAAAUUCUAUAAAAAACCACGUUUCGGCAAAUCUGCGUUCACGAUCUGCCAUUAUGCUGUUGAUGUAACUUAUGAAUCUGAUGGGUUCAUAGAGAAGAACAGGGAUACUGUACCUGAUGAGCACAUGGAAAUUCUGCGCAGCUCAUCCAACGAGUUUGUGAAGGAGAUUCUCGAUACCGCUGCCGCUGUCCGCGAGAAAGACUCAGCUUCUAUCUCUUCCAAGCCUGUUGCUGCUCCUGGGCGCAAGAUUGGAGUUGCUGUCAAUCGCAAGCCUACUCUUGGUGGUAUCUUCAAGUCGUCAUUGAUUGAGCUGAUGAACACGAUCAACUCGACAGAUGUUCACUACAUCCGCUGUAUCAAACCGAAUGAGGCCAAAGAACCCUGGAAAUUUGAGGGUCCAAUGGUUCUUAGUCAAUUGAGAGCUUGCGGUGUUCUCGAAACUGUCCGCAUCAGUACAGCAGGAUACCCAACGCGCUGGACCUACGAAGAAUUUGCUAUAAGAUACUACAUGCUCUGCCAUUCGUCGCAAUGGACGUCGGAGAUUAGAGAUAUGUGUCAUGCCAUUCUACAGAAGGCUCUUGGUGAUGGCACUCAGAAAAAGCAAGGCAAGUAUCAGUUAGGCUUGACCAAAAUCUUUUUCCGUGCUGGUAUGCUUGCUUUUCUUGAAAAUCUCCGCACAUCCAGGCUCAAUGAAUGCGCAAUAAUGAUCCAGAAGAACCUGCGAUGUAAGUACUACCGGCGCAGGUAUCUCGAGGCUCGUGCCUCUAUCCUUACAACUCAAGCUCUGGCGAGGGGCUUUCUUGCAAGACAGCACGCGGCUGAGAUCCGUAAGGUCAAAGCAGCUACAACCAUCCAACGGGUGUGGAGAGGGCACCGGGAAAGGAGGAACUACACUCGAAUUCGCGCCAAUUUCGUCCUUUUCCAGUCAGUUGCGAAAGGAUUCCUCUGUCGACAAAACAUCUUGGAUACAAUACAUGGCAACGCAGCGAAAGUAAUACAACGAUCUUGGCGUUCUUGGUGGCAGUUACGCGCGUGGAGGCAGUACCGUCGGAAUGUUAUCAUCGUUCAAAAUCUCUGGAGAGGCAAGCAGGCCAGGAAGCAAUACAAGAAGCUUCGGGAGGAUGCAAGAGAUCUGAAACAAAUCUCCUACAAACUCGAAAACAAGGUGGUAGAGUUGACUCAGUAUCUCGAGUCACUGAAGCGUGAGAACAAGGCUUUGAACACACAAUUGGAGAAUUAUGAGACUCAACUGAAGUCUUGGAGAAGUCGUCACAAUGUUCUCGAAAACCGUUCUAGAGAGCUACAGGCUGAGGCCAAUCAAGCUGGCAUCACUGCUGCUCGGUUGACCGCUAUGGAAGACGAAAUGAAUCGGUUGCAGCAAAAUCAUAAUGAUGCACAGGCAACAGUCAAGAGACUUCAGGAGGAGGAAAGGAUAUCACGAGAGUCAAUACGUUCUGCGAACCAGGAGCUGGAGCGACUACAGCAGCUAAAUAGUGAAGCAGAGGACGAGAAAGCCUCGCUUCGUCAACAGAUCGUCGAACUCGAGGAGCAGCUCGAGAUCGCGAAGCGAACCGUUCCCAUAAAUGGCUUGAGUGGUGACCAACCGAACGGUGGGCCAACCCCACCUCCUGCGACCGGCUUGAUCAACCUGGUGUCCUCGAAAAAGCCCAAGCCUAAGAGACGCAGCGCUGGUGCUGAGCGGAUCGACACCGAUCGUUUCAGUGGAGCUUACAACCCGAGACCGGUCUCUAUGGCUAUCCCGAGUUCUGCAAUGGGACGUCAGCCAUUCACAGGCAACACAUUCUCUCCAGGACUGGAUUCUGUUGAGGUAGAGCUUGAGAAUCUACUCUCCGAGGAAGAUGAACUCAAUGAAGAGGUGACGAUGGGCCUGAUUCGCAACUUGAAGAUCCCACUACCCAGUUCCACACCGCCUCCUACAGAGAAGGAGGUUCUUUUCCCGGCAUACCUUAUCAAUCUUGUAACGUCAGAAAUGUGGAACAACGGAUUUGUGAAAGAAUCAGAGCGCUUUUUGGCCAAUGUCAUGCAGUCUAUACAGCAGGAGGUCAUGCAGCAUGACGGCGACGAUGCUGUCAAUCCCGGGGCUUUCUGGCUUUCUAAUGUACACGAGAUGCUCUCGUUCGUGUUCUUGGCCGAAGAUUGGUACGAAGCCCAGAAGACCGAUAAUUUCGAGUAUGACCGCUUGUUGGAGAUUGUCAAGCACGACCUAGAGAGCCUAGAGUUCAAUAUCUAUCAUACUUGGAUGAAAGUGCUGAAGAAGAAGCUCUUCAAGAUGAUCGUACCAGCGAUCAUCGAAUCCCAAUCACUUCCGGGUUUUGUCACAAGCGAGACAAACCGAUUCCUUGGAAAGCUUCUUCCAUCCAACAACAAUCCUGCGUAUAGUAUGGAUAAUCUCCUCAGCCUUCUGAACAAUGUCUACAAAGCGAUGAAGGCUUUCUAUCUUGAGGAGUCCAUCAUCACUCAGACGGUGACCGAACUUCUUCGACUCGUGGGUGUUACGGCUUUCAAUGACCUUCUUAUGCGAAGAAACUUUCUGUCCUGGAAACGUGGGCUGCAGAUCAACUACAACAUUACUCGCAUUGAGGAAUGGUGUAAGAGCCAUGAUAUGCCUGAGGGCACACUGCAGUUGGAGCAUUUAAUGCAAGCAACCAAGCUUCUACAACUGAAGAAGGCCACGUUAAAUGACAUAGAGAUUAUUCAAGACAUUUGUUGGAUGCUGUCUCCCAACCAGAUACAGAAGUUGUUGAAUCAAUAUCUUGUUGCUGACUACGAACAACCUAUCAAUGGCGAAAUCAUGAAAGCGGUUGCGUCUCGUGUCACGGAGAAGAGCGAUGUGCUUCUUCUUACUCCCGUUGACAUGGAAGACAGUGGCCCGUACGAAAUCGCAGAGCCGCGUGUCAUCACAGCAUUGGAGACAUACACACCGUCUUGGCUACAAACACCGCGCCUGAAACGGCUUGCCGAAAUAGUAUCAGCACAGGCAAUGGCUCAACAGGACAGGUUGGAUAUGACAGAAACGAGCGAGGGAGCAAUUCCUGCCAAAUAAUUUGUACAUUGGAAAUAGCCCUAUCACAUCACAUGGUGAAAACGUCAGGGACUAGCAGCCCUGAUUAGCCGCUCCUUAAUCAGCGAAAGCGCACCAUCGUCGUUCGUCGAUUUUCACUCAAAGCUGAUCAUCACGUGCUUUCCCUGCCUUUCUCUUCAUUAUAUAUUACCAUUGCAUCAACGAUACUGUUAUCGACCGAGCAACCAGAAUACUGUUUUGCAGAUUCGCUCAACCCGCAAA